CGGUUACAUAAGCUCAAGCUCGCGCUCAAGUUCCACAUGGUAAAACAUUCUACCUCGCCACACAUCAUUGUCUUGACCACUCCGAGCUGUCUGCGGGGGAAUAUUUCUGGAACAACUUAGGCCAUGGAUGGGAAAAACACUCAGCAAUGAUGCAGAAAUCCCGUGCACAGCAUCUGGAUUGUCCGCGCGCGGCGCGCUCCAAGUCAUCCCAUGUCACCCAACAAAGGCUACUGUCGUACUGCAAUUCUGAUUUUAUAUCGCCAGGCCCAAACACGAAACAUUCUGAUCGGUGAUACAUUUCCUAUUUCAGCAGGUCGAAACAUAUCAUAUCUUUGAGAUGCCAUCAGCUUCCGAGCCGUCUGAUCAAUGAUGUAUAUACAAAUAAGAAGUAUACGCGCACUAAUUCCCUAAUUCCCACUCCUCGAGGUCAUGUCCACACAGACGCAAUUACCAUGGGCCCACUUUUCAUCUAAUGAAUUGGCUUUGGUAUCAUUCACCCUUGUGCUGUACGACCACGCUAUCACGUUUGCUGAAGAGAUAGAUUUCUUCUGGUCUGGGCCAUGGUCAGCUUCGAGGAUACUAUAUCUCAGUGUAAUGCCGUGGACAGAUUUCAUUUUAUUGUCUGUGAUUAAUCGUAGGUUCACAGAUCCGAUACCUCGCUGUGACACAAGUGUUCUUGGUCCUUUUUGGUCCGUCAGCUUGAGUAUUCUGUGUACUGGCUCUGGAAACUAAUAUCCGAACAGCAGAUAGCAAGAACCUCAGUUAUCUUGCGCUGGCCAGCUUUUUGUCGUGGUUUAUCUCCUUGCAUUCGUGGUCAUGGUGCUCUGCCAAUGU